UCUGCAUCCGAUACGCGAUUCACAAAAAAUAUCGGCAGAUAUCCACAUGUGUGGAUGCAGAUAUACGCAGAUAUCUGCGGAUUUGCAGUGCUGUACUUACCAUGGCCAGGCUGAGGCUCUGAGGCACCCCUCUGCCUGAGCCUGGUCAGAGAGAGCUGUUCGGGAGUCUCAGACCCUCCACCUUCCCUCGGGAACACGGCCUGGGGCUGCUCUCAGCCCCCUCCCCACCCCACGGGCAGGUGGAGGGUCCACCAUGGUCCCCAGCUGGACUCCACGCUGGCCGUGAUGGAGAAGGAGGGGAGGGUGACCUGUUUAACUGCCGGGGGCUACUCGGGCCCCCCACACCAGGCAGGUGGAGCUCUUACCAUGGAACCCAGGCUCCCUACAGCAGCCAGCACAGCUCUCUGGCUACCACGGGGGCCUGCUCGGCCUGCAGCCCAGCCAUGGUAAGAGCUGGGUGGGCAGCUGCGGGGAGCCGCAGUAGACCAUCCGCCUGCUCUGGAUGGAGGGCCAGAACAGCCCCCGGCCCAAGUCCCUGUCCCCCGGAACCUCUGUCCAGCUCAAGUAAAGGGUCCGCACUGUGGCUCCUCACAGCUGCCUGCCCGGUUCUUACCCGUCAGAGCCCUGCACGCAUACAAAAUUUUUAUCCGCAUCUGCGCUGCUAUCCGCAAAAAUGUUCCACGGAUAUCCACGGAUAUAAAGUGGAUACCUGACGAUUUGCAGGCUCUACACAUAAUGUAUGUUCCUUUUGUUGAUUUCAUGUUAUUCUGUAUGUAAAUGGAGUGUCCAGAUGCCUUGAAGAGCUUUGAAAAUAACACUCAACUGCAAGUGAAAAGCAUCUAUACAGACCUUAUUCCUAAUGAUGAUCUAUUCUGAGAGUGACCCUGGAGAGAAUCAGACCAUCUCCGAUGUAUUCAUCCUGGUGGGGUUUUCAAACCUUAACAAGCUGCAGAUCCUUCUGUUUCUGGUGCUUCUGGUCACCUACUUGGUCGCCCUCAUGGGGAACCUCCUUGUUAUCCUCCUUAUAAAGCUAAACCCCUCACUCCACACCCCCAUGUAUUUCUUCCUGGUGAACCUGUCUUUCCUGGAUAUCUGCUACACCAGCAGUGUGGUCCCUCAGCUGGUGGUUCACCUCUUGGUGGAGCAAAAGACCAUUAACAUUGCAGGCUGUGCUGCCCAGAUGUACAUCAUCAUCAUCAUGGGCCUGAUGGAAUGCUGCCUCCAAGCAGCCAUGGCGUAUGACCGCUAUGUGGCCAUAUGUCACCCCCUGCACUACAGAACUAUCAUGAGUGGCUGGGCGUGUGCACAGCUCGCAGGUGCUUCAUGGACCAUCGACAUCUCUGUGGAAGUAGCUCAGACCACAUGGAUCUUCAGCCUGCCCUUUUGUGGCUCCAGCCGCAUCCACCACUUCUUCUGCAACAUCCCAAAAGUGGUGAAGAUGGCACGCAUGGACACAUCCAAAAAUAAGAUUAUGGUCUUGUCUGUGUCAGUUUUGUUCAUCAUGGGCCCUUUUUUGUUGAUAACCCUGUCAGGGUUCCCUCCCCACUCUGAACUGUAGGGUACAGACGUGGGGACCCACAUGAAAGACCCCCUAAGCUUAUUCUUAUUCCAUUCCAGAGACGUUGCCAUUUUGUAAGAUCCAGGCUGGGUUGUGUUCUCCCACUGUGGGGUCACUGUGGGGUCAGAGUAUAUUGUCAGGGUGGUUUGUUCACAGGUGAGAUCAUAGUUGGGCUCAGAAUGCUGGAGACCUGAUUCAACUAUUUAGCCCCAAAGGAGGUGCUUACUGGGCUGUAGUCAUGUCAAGCUGUAGAGCUGGGAGGGGCUUCCAGUCCCUGAUCCCAUUUAAUCAUUUGCCUCUCAGCCAAGCCUGCCCCAGGAGUGGAGCAGAAAGUGCCCAUCUUGGAAUGUAUCCCUGUCUUCUUGGAACUGCAGAGAGCCCCAGCAACUCAGAAAUCCAGUGAUGGAACAUGAAAAUUGGUGCUGGAUAAUGCAGUGAUGAGUUCAUGAGAGAGAUAAAGAGAUUGUUGUGCAUGGAAAUAUUUUGAUAGAUAAUGGCCAAUAAUUUUGAGCACUGCAGGAUCAAAUGCUUUGCAAGUUGGGAAGAACUAUCCAAAGAUGAACACAGUAAGUUUACUACUGUCUUUUUUUCUUUAUUAGAAAAUGUUCUCUUUUCAUAGAAGUCCUCGAAAUUUCCAAACAUUGAGAUAUUUGCAACAGAGAACCAAUCGUUUCCUGCUGCAAGCUGAAAAAUUCCAACCAAAAGAAUCCCCCUCCCCAAAGGAAAAAAAACCCAACUUUUAGAUAGAUAGAUAGAUAGAUAGAUAGAUAGAUAAAGUCUUUCCAUGAAAAUUUGUUUAACUGAAAACACAAAUUUUCUUUAAAAAGAGUUAAAGAGAGAACAUUAUUGACCAGGAUGGGAAGCACUAAUAUUGUCCAAUGAUACCAUAAUUUCAAACGCUGUCAUUCUGUUACAUCCAUUUUUAUUUCUACUUCAAAGACAAAGCUGCAGGGUGGCAGAACAGAGUGAACAGCGGAGCUGACAGUCCAGGGAGUAUGGGCUAUACCUAAUAGACAUGCUAGAACCUUGAAACUCAGAGUCUGGGUUCAAUCAAGCAGCCUGUUUAUGUGGACCUUGCCCAAGGACAUUAAGGGCAUAUCUACACCACAGCUGGGAGCAUGCUUCCAAACUCAGGUAGGCAGACUUCACUAGCUGUGCCAGGGUUCCUUCCCCACUCUGAACUCUGGGGUACAGAUGUGGGGACCCUCAUGAAAGACCCCCUAAACUUAUUCUUACCAGCUUAGGUUAAAACUUCCCCAAGGCACAGAUUCCUUUCUUGCCGUGGGAUCGCUGCCACCACCUAGUGAUUUAACAAUCAGGGAAAGGACCACUUGGAGUCCUAUUCCCCCCAAAAAUUCCCCCAAGCCUACACCCCCUUUCCUGGGGAAGGCUUGAGCAUAUAUCCUCAUCAAUAGGUUACAAAGGGACUACAGACCCAAACCCCUGGGUCUUAGAACAAUGGAAAAAUCAGUCAGGUUCUUAAAAAGAGAAAAAGGUAAAAGAAUCGCCUCUGUAAACUUAGGCUGGUAGUUAACCUUACAGAGUAGCAGAAAAUUCAAAGAGCACAGAGGAACCCCCUCUAGCCUUAGUUUCAAAGUUACAACAAAACAGGGAUAAACUUCCCUCUAGCAAAGGGAAAAUUCACAAGUUGAGAAAACAAAGGUAAACUAAUACGCCUUGCCUGGCUGCUACUUACAAGUUUGAAAUAUGAGAGACUUGUUCAGAAAGAUUUGGAGAACAUGGUCUGAUAUCCGGUUCCUCUUAGUCCCAAGAGCGAACAGCCACAGAAACAAAGAACCCAGAACAAAACCUCUCCCCCCAACCAGAUUUGAAAGUAUCUGUUGUCCCCAUUGGCUCCUUUGGUCAGGUGCCAAUCAGGUUACUUGAGCUUCUUAACCCCUUACAGGUAAGGAGGAAUUUACGCUUUCCCUAUGGUUAUGACAAAGCCUAUCCUACAUGUGCAUUAUCUCCACCAUCCUCAAGCUGCAGUCAGAGGAGGGAAGGCAUAAAUCCUUCUCCACCUACUCCUCCCACCUUAUGGUGGUGACUUUGUUCUUUGGAAUGACCCUUUUCGCCUACCUGAGGCCCAAGUCUAUCUCCACCCCAGAGAGUGAUCAAAUGAUUUCCCUUGUGAUCACAGUUGCGGCACCUGUGUUGAACCCCACAAUAUACAGUCUGAGGAACAAAGAGGUGAAGGGAGCCUUCAGGAAUACAGUAAAGAAGAGCAUCUUUUCACACAACUGAAGAAAACAUAGAAUGAAAAGUAGAGUUAAUUAAAACAGGGAGAAUGGGGGAAAUUCAUAAAUGUUUUGUUGAAUUGCUCCCGAUGACCUGCACUUUUUUAAUUGAAAUUUUGCCAUUUGAAAAACUUUGACUUCUAAACCUAUCAGAAGAAUGGGAAGAGAAACUUUUAUUACCAAAAAACCCAAAAAUUUAAAUAUCUUCAAAAUUUGGAAUGUGAAAGAAAAAAAGCUUAAAAUGAAAACCCUUUCAUAAAAUGUUCACCUUGGUUUUUGCAAAUUUAACAAUUUUCACCAAAAUUGUAAUGAUGGAAAAAUUCCAACCAGCUCUGUAGAUAACUCCAUUCAGGCUUCUCCUUUUCCUGCUUUGUCAGUUCAUUGCAGCAUUUUAGGUUUUAGGUUGGGUUGGACUGGGUUUUUUUGGCUGUGUAAUGGAUUUCCCCAGUGCUCCCUGUUGCCUAAUUUUAAAUAAUAUUUCUCAGCACUUAUGCAGUUUCCUGUGUAAGACUCUGAUGGAUCUUUCAAUGCCUAACUUGAUCAGGUCACACAACAACUCUGGAAGCUCUCUCUUGACUUCCAUGGCAUUCUGCACAGGUUCAGAACUCUAUUCUAACAGACUAUGUAUAUCUUAGAUUCAUUGAUUAAAAGGCCAUAAGGGACCAUUUUGAUCAUCUAGUCUGACAUUCUGCUUAACACACGGCAGAGAGUUUCACCUGGUGAUUCCUGAGUCAGAGGAAUUUUAUAUUACAUAUGUAAAAUAAUAGUUGUGUGAUAAACUCAUAAACUACAAGUGGUUCGAUCAAUGUAUAAUAAUAUUGCACCAAAUGCUAGUGUACAUGGUACCUCCUAGUAUAACUAUAUGAUAAAAAUUCCUUUCUACAUUUUUAUGAUGAGAGAUUCUAUUCUGUUUGCUUCUCUACCUAUAUCUCUGCAGCUGUAUAAUAAAUACCAAAUUAAAAACCUCUAUACCUUGUUCAGCAUUUACAUGACUAUAUGUCUUCUUUCACUAAACAUCCCUAUAAUGCAUUCAUCGGAAGCUUAAAAUACAUUGAGACUCUGAGAUGCACUGGCUGGCAGUAUGUGAUGGUUUUUGUUAUAUCUCUUUGAUAUAAUUUGCUGAUUUGUUUUAAAUGAUAUUGUUGGCAAGAUAAAUAACCUGUCGUGUUGGAAGAUGUAACUAAGAGGUAUGAACAUGUAAUGAUAAACAAAAGAAAAAUCCCUUUCUCUGGGAAUCUUAGAAGCAGAGUGGCCCAGGGCAACAUGACCCAGAAACUACAAAUUCAGCAAGAAAAUUGUAGACAUUCGAUGAUUAACAUUUGUGGAUAAGUAAUGCACAGGUUAUGUAAAAUUCAAUGGACAAUGUGUUGACUAAAGAAUGGAGGAAAAUUAAGCAAUAGAUAAUGUGUAAAUGUAUGAAAAUACAUACAAAAAUACAUAUAAAUAUGUGUAAAAUACAUAUGUAAAAUACGCAGAAUAUGUAAAAAUACAUAUGUACAUAUGUGCAUAUACAAAAUACAUAUGUAUAUUUGCAAAAUAUCUAUAAAAUACAUAUGUGAAAUACAUAUAAAAUAAGUAAAUACAUAUAAAAUGGGCUGGAGAAAUGCUGGAUCAGAAACCAAUGAAUGAGGCUGAAGGACCUGAACAGGAGAUCCAGGCAAGUGAGGACUGACAUCAUGAAGGAAGGAAGGAUUUCUCAGUGCCCCAGUGUCACAAUCCAAUGGCCCCCUCCUUCAGAGGGUUCCCGGGGGAGACAGAUCAGCAUUAUAUAUUGCUAACGUUGACAUGCCUUGAGAGGUGCUUUGGGAAGGGCUGAAGGUCUUAGUGUGAAGUGAAAGAUUCCUUUGCAGGUUGCGAGAGGCCAAAGGGGAGGAAGGGUAAGUUAACUUGACACUCCAGCUAGGUCCAAAGAUAAGAAGCUGAAGGUCACGGACAGACUCUCUGAUGCCAAGAAAGCUGGGAGCCUGGAUUCCAACCCUGACCAGCCAUGAGAAAAGAGAAGUAAACUGAAUAGAACUUAGGAUUGCAAAGCCUAAUGAGAGGGUGAAGGUUAGUGAGUGGAAACAUAACAUCACGACCCUGAAGCCGGAAUGUUUUGGGGACUCUAAAGAAGCUGCAGAAGGCCGGUUCAGACUGGUACAGAGAGCACGGAGAACAAAGGUCCCUGGACAAAAUGCCCCCAGAAGAACCCAAGACUUAAAAACCCUCCCGAGAGCUGAACCAAGCCAGAGAUCAACAGCAGACCCUAGACAGCCUGUGCACAGGAGAACUCCAGUCUACCCCUCCCCCUCUUCUUCUUAAGUUACACCCAGACUUGGCCAGCUUCGGGCCAGCUUCGGGCCGUGCGUGUGUGAGUAUGAAAGUGGGUUAGAAAUGGGGCACUAACGCUUCCUUCCUUCCUUCCUCUGAGUGACAUGGGAAUGGUCCCAGCGCUCACCGCUGUCAUUUUAUUAAUAAAGCUUUAAAAUUUAGUCACUUGGUCUGCUCCUCCAUCUCCACCCCCAUGAUCCUGCGGGCCUCAGACUGAUCACCUGAUGCCUCAGGCAGAUUGGUAACAUAAAUCUGUCACACCAGAAUGUGUUAACUUGGGCCCAUUCACCUAUUCCAUCUUGUCUGUUAUUUCUUGUGAGGCAGAAAUGUAUUUCCAU